AUGUACAACAUCGUCGAUUCCCAUAUCCACCUCAUAGAUGACUCAUUAAAACAUAUAUGGCUCCGGGAGCAGCCGGACGUGCUUGCUGGGAACCAUCGCCUCGAAGAGUACACUAGCUCCAAAGACCCAAGAUACACAGUUACUGGCGUCAUCUGGAUCGAAGCUAUUUGCGCUCAUACGCUAGAUAAUGGAAUGGAAGGCAUGAGGAAUGCAAUUGAAGAGUGCAAGUUCGUUCUGCGAUACAACACGGGAAGGCAAGGUGAAGUGACCAAAGAGACUGGUUAUGUGAAAGCUUUGAUUCCAUUGAUUCCCCUUCCAUGGGGCACUGGAAUUACUGAAUUCGUGGAUGUGUUGCAGAAAGAGCUCGGUGAACAGUACAAGCUCGUCAAGGGGUACCGGUAUCUCUUCCAGGAUAAACUGCCCGAAACCAUGCUAGAUCCAAACGUCAUUGAGGGUUUGAAGUGGCUAGAUGCAAACAACUACGUUUUUGACUAUGGAAUAGAUGUUCAUAACGGCGGAAUAUGGCAAUUUGAAGAGUCCGUCGAGCUCUUUCGCCAGGUGCCCAACGUGAAGUAUAUCAUUAACCACUUGACCAAACCACACCUCGAGCUUGAUGUUGAGGGAAUCGAGCAAAAUGAGCUUUUUACCAAAUGGAGGGCCUUGAUUACUGAAAUGUAUAAGCUCACUCCAAACUCGUACAUGAAGCUUUCUGGGUGCUUCUCGGAACUCCCUAGUGACACCCCCAAAGAUCUCAAAAGGAUUGCAGACUUGAUUUUCCCAUGGUUUAAAGUCACUUAUGAUCUUUGGGGACCAAAAAGGACAAUGUGGGCCAGCAAUUGGCCCGUGACGAAUAUUUUUAGUGCUGAUGAGUUGAGCUCUUGGUGGUUCACGGUGACAGAAGACCUCUUGGAUCGAGUUAAUGCCUCUGAGGAGGAUAAGAGGAGAAUCUACGAGACCAACUACAUUGAAGGGUAUAAUCUCUAA